AUGGAAAAGUAUCAUGCCGUCAUGUGUCAAAUAGGGUUUGAAGUGGCCAAACUGUUUGCUGAAGCUGCAGGAGAAAAGGGCAUAUUUGAUGGACCGGGGAUGUUUCAUAAGCCCAUGGCAGCCUUACGACUAUUGCAUUAUGCUCCCGAGAAAUCAGAUGUGGACAAAGGUGUUUACGGAGCUGGAGCUCAUACAUAUUAUGGGUUAAUCACGUUGUUGUCCACAGAUACUACUGAGGGGUUGCAGAUUUUUCAUGACGGACAGUGGAUUGAUGUGCCACCACGUGAAAACGCCUUUGUAGUGAAUAUUGGAGACAUGAGGAGAGGUUCACGAACGGCAAGUUCAAGUCAACCUUGCAUCGGGUGGUAA